AUGAUUGGAACUCAAAUGGGGUCAGCCCAUAUGGAGAGAUUGGCCGGUACAUUGGUGGGCGUAGCUCUCAUGGAUGGAGAUGCAGAGGUGCGGCAAGCUGCAGUCCAGGCAAUUGUCACGUUCAAUGAUGAUGUGAAAAGAGAGGCAGCUCGACGGAUUGCUGAGGAGGGCCUUCGCUAUGAGUUGGAGUCCCUCCACUGCAGUCGUCGCAACGUGAAGAGCGCGGCUUGCGCAGCAAUUGGCUGGCUUGGACCGGAGUUCGGUCUGCCAUAUCUUGAAAUCUUGCAAGACUGCUUGAAAGACAAGUCCAGCCUCGUGAAGAAGAGGGCAAUGGCAGCGCUGUCCGCCUGGGGUCCACCUGUAGCAAGUCAGGAGAUUGCGCGGAUGGUGGUGCAGGACUUGGGCAGAGCCGUGAUUGGGGACCGCGAUCCUCCAGUGCGAGCCGCUGCAUGCGACGCGCUUGGCAGCAUACUGGAAGGGGCGCCAGAUCUCCCGUUGCCACUCCCGGAGGAGCCUGACGAAGAUGAUGAAGCAGUGGAUGCAGUUGACGUGCUCCUGGACGAGGAAAGUCUCCCAGCUCGGGCAAGAACUGAGAGUGACGAGGAGAUGGAGCCUUUGAACAUCGCGAUCCGCUACAUUACCCGAGUGCUGCAGAGCGAUGAUUAUGCCAGCGUACGGCGAGCUGCUGCAUCUGCGUUGGGCUCCAUUGGAGGCGACGUGUGCGUUGCGCAAGCUGAGUGUCUCUUUGUUGUCACAAUGCAGGACUCAGACAAGGAGGUCAGACUUCGUGCAGCUACGUCCUUGACAAAGCUAGGCGGCCGCUAUUCACAGCAAAUCGCCGAGGCUUUAGCUAUGGCUCUUGAAGGCCGGGACAAAGACCCAUUUGCAAAGUUAACUGCAGUGCAGGCUCUGCAUGUUCAAGGCUGCUUGGAUGCACAGCACGCGAACACAGUCGGCAGCGCUUUGCUGGAUGUAGACGAUGAUGUCCGGGAGUUAGCGGCCUUAACCCUGUUGUCAACAGACGAGGAGGCGAGACUUCCUUUUGGAAAGAGGCUGAUGCUCACCGCUCUCCAGGAUAAGGUGCCAUAUGUCCAGGCGGCAGCCAUCCUUGCUUUGGAGGCGUUGAGUGGACGACUGGCAGUGGCCGACUUUGCGGCUGAUUUAGCCACCGGGCUUGAGAGUGAAGAAGUUUCAGCGCGCUGGGGCGCCCUGAAAGCCAUGAGAGCCUUGGGUGUCGAUGCGGUUGAACCGUACUCUCGGGAAUUGGCCAUGCUGUUGCCGUUGAGCUUGCCGGGCUGUGUCGCCGUCAUGCUCCAGACAACCCCGAAGCCCAAGGUGGCCCCAAAGCCCAAGGAGAAGAAAAAAGUGAGGACGCCUUGA